GGCGGAGCCGGCUGUCGUGACGCGGGCCCGCGGGCGGCUGCGGGGUUCCAGCUGUCCGCUGGGCCGGGUGUCAUUGCGCUCCGAGGAGCGGCGGCCGGGACACUGCGGGGUGUCUGGCGUCGGGCACGGCCAUGGCGGGCGCGCUGGUGCGGAAAGCGGCGGACUAUGUCCGGAGCAAGGACUUUCGGGACUACCUCAUGAGCACGCACUUCUGGGGCCCCGUAGCCAACUGGGGCCUUCCCAUUGCUGCCAUCAAUGACAUGAAGAAGUCUCCGGAGAUUAUCAGUGGGCGGAUGACGUUUGCUCUCUGCUGUUACUCCUUGACGUUCAUGAGAUUCGCUUACAAGGUGCAGCCUCGAAACUGGCUUCUGUUCGCCUGCCACGCCACGAACGAAGUAGCCCAGCUCAUUCAGGGAAGUCGCCUUAUCAAACACGAGAUGACUAAAAAGCCAUCGGCGUAACAAGGGAACAUGAGAAACCAGCUGUUGGAAGGGAAGCGUGUGAGCCGCCGCCGCGUCCAGGUCCAUCCUCAGAACAGGCUUGCCAGGGAACCAGGCCGAAUGCUCUUCUUACUAACCAAUUCUUCUAGAAAUAGCUGAGAGCCCCAGGCCGGCUCUCUGCCGCCUUACACGCACUGACUGUGUUCCCUCUCUGCAGAGUAGCCCCACAGAUGCAGUCUAGUGACUCCCGAUGGUGGUUUUAUUGCAGGAAUGUGUACAGCACCUGUUGGAAUUUACUUAAUGAAAAACUGAAGAGAACACUUGUAAUUAUUAGCAUCUAAGUACUCGGAAUUCUUCGCUGUAAUGACCAUGGGACCCGACAGCUGGCCACAUGCUGAAAUCUCAUUGCCAACAUUUAAUGAAGUGCAUAUUUCCAUGCAGUGUGUACUAACUGCUGGAUCUUAAUGGCAAUAAAUGAUUUAAAUUUUUGUCA